GAAAAAUCGACUAUACCUUUGCUUUAUUCACACUAAAUUUUAAUAUUUUUCAAAUUUUGUUCAAAUUUGCGAUAAAAGUUCCAUCUCCUUCAACCGCGGUUAUUACCUCGAGGCAGUCUGGCAACGCUAGACCCAGGUGUCAACAACUGAUAGGGUAAACAGGUAGGUCAGGAGAGCUGAGAGGGGGUGCGAAUGCAAAAUGAAUUAAGAGUAGAAAACAAACCAAAACAAGUGUCAUAAUACGAUCCUUACAUUCGGAGACGAUGGCAAGCGAUGAUCUUUACCGCACCAAGUACUCCAGUUCGCGGUAUCAGCGCCAGCAGACGCCCUUGAACGCCACAUCUCUUCACUGGCAGCGCCAGCAAUACGGACACGAACUUGAUGAGCUUCUACGCCGGCGGCUCCUGGCAUCGCCCGCCUACGUGGACAGGCUGGAACAGGAGGCCAUUCUCGCCGGACAUGAUGGUUGCGUCAACUGCCUGGAGUGGACCUCCGACGGCUCGUGGCUGGCUUCUGGAUCGGACGAUUACCGUGUUAUGAUCUGGGAUCCUUUUCGCCAACGAUGCGUUCAUGUAAUCACCACCAAGCACUUGGGCAACAUGUUUUCGGUCAAGUUCCUGCCCAAGCAUAACAACAAUAUUAUAGCUACUUGUGCGGCGGACAAGUUCAUCUACGUUUAUGAUAUCAACCAUUCGAACGAGACCCUGUUUGCCUGUAACUGCCAUCUAAUGCGGGCGAAACGCCUAGCCACAGCCCAGGACUCCCCGCACGUCUUUUGGUCCGCAGGGGAGGACGGCUGCAUCUUGCAGCUGGACAUGCGGGAGCCGCAUCGCUGUCGCCCGGAAGAGGGUAGCAGCGUAAGAAUACUUAGCCUUACAAAUCCUGUGGAGACCGCCACUGAGGCCAAAUGUCUGGCCAUUAAUCCCCGGCGAACGGAAUACCUGGCGGUGGGAGCUAACGAUCCCUUUGCGAGGAUUUUCGAUCGACGCAAGCUACCAUCCAGCGAUGGAGACGCAUUGAGAGCAUGUGUUGCCUAUUAUGCGCCUGGCCAGAUUGUUAAAAACAUCUCCCGGAAUAUUGUGCAUGAGUCACGAGCCGUGACUUAUCUCACAUUCAAUGGUAAUGGUACGGAGCUGCUGGUGAAUAUGGGAUGCGAGCACGUCUAUCGCUACGAUCUGAACAGCGCCGAGCCCCCGGUUUUUUACGACCUUCCCGCCUACACAUCUCCUGUCGUCCAGGAGGACGAUGAACAGGUGAAGGCAGUUCCACAUAAAAGCCGUUCGCUGCCCCCGUGCAUAGAGGUCCACAAGAAGGAGGGCAACGAGUUCCUGGAAAAUGGUAAACUAGGAGCCGCCAUCGAUGCAUACUCGGCGGCGUUAGCCAAGUAUCCAAAGGGUGAGGUUCUGUAUCUGAACAGAGCCACUGCACUGAUGCGACGCGGUUGGUUUGGCGACAUAUAUGCAGCUCUACGGGACUGUCACGAGGCACUGCGCCUUGACCCAAGCUAUGUGAAGGCCCAUUUUCGGCUGGCUCGCGCCCUGUUGGAACUUCAUCGUCCACAGGAUGCGGAAAAGUGCUUGCAAGCUCUCAUUCAGCGCUUUCCCAGCUUUGCCAACAACCAUGGUGUACUACUGUUGAACAAGGACAUCAAGGAGAACCGCCGGCAGUCGCAGAACACGGAGCCGCCGGAGCCAGAGCCCGUAGAGGACGGCUUCCGUUACCUAAGGCUCAGAGAUGUAGAAUAUGAUCUCCGUACCUCAGCCAGAGACUAUAUGCAGCGCUACGUGGGCCACUGCAACAUCACCACAGACAUCAAGGAGGCCAACUAUCUGGGCAGCCAGGGCGAAUUCAUCGCCGCCGGCUCCGACGAUGGCAAUCUUUACAUUUGGGAGGGGGACACCGGAAAAAUACGUGCCGUUUAUCGGGCGGACAGUGCCAUUGUCAAUUGCGUUCAACCGCAUCCCAGUAUCUGCAUGCUGGCCACCAGUGGUAUUGACCACGACAUUAAGAUCUGGUCGCCGUGCGCCCCCAGCCCGGCCGAGAGGCCCAAUCUGGUGGCCGAUGUGACGCGUUACGUGGAGGAUAAUCAGCAAAAGAUGCGCACCGAUCCAUUCGAACUGAACACCCGCAACGCGAACUGUUUCAAUAAUUAAGAAUUCUAGUGCAAUGUGAAUUUGUAAAAUCGACAUCUAGAUCUAAUUCGGCAAUAUAUCGAAUAUUAGUCUAAAUCUAAUUUAAGCAAAAAAACACAUAUUUUUGUUAAUUUGUAAAUGAACUGUGAACUGUAUACAGAGUACGAUGCUAAGGGAGAUGAAUGAAUCUACACAGAAAAUAAAUGCGAGAAAAUUUA